AUGAUGCGGUUUGGUUGUGUCGUUCUUCUAGUUUUCGUCGAUUCCGUAAUUGGCCAAGAUAAUGCUGCUGAACUUGAGUUCUCGCCAUAUGUAUUCAAAGCUGUCGAUGUGCCAUUCAAAACCAACAACUACGCGAAAGACUGGUACGGUUCCGAUGUGGCUCUUGUGCAACAUCCAUUCCUCGCACCAGCAAAAGCCGUCAAACCGGGUAACCCAGUCUCGCUUCCCACCAUCGCCCCGUUAAUCGUCAAGUGGUCCGAUUUGGAAAAUGUGAAAGUCAACGAGAAAAUUGGCUGGAAUUUUGAGAAACGCGUCGAUUCGCACGUUUGGUGGCCAAACAAGAAGUGA